UAUAAUACGCAGUCAGAUUUUCAGAACGGGAUUGUAGGAGAAUACGCACUGUAUUCAGGCAGACACGUCAUAUCUGUUUUAACUCCAAAGUAUGCAUGUGCUAUAUUACAGCCACGAAAACCAAUGUAUUCUUCUCAGCUUUUGUCCUCAAGGCCAAUGCCCACCUGAAGACUUGGAAUACGCCGCCUAACGGGAAUGUCAUCCAACCUUUAACCGGAACUGACGCAAAGAACAAAGACGAUAUUUUGAUGCCGAAGCAACACAGGACGAAACCACAGAAAGGCGAGGAAGCGGCUGCUGCAGGAGACUCCAAAACAUCAGGGACUGAUCUCGAGCCAAAUCAAGAUGACGAGGUAGCAACGGAAAUGAUGCAGACUCAAUCCGGAAAUGGAGGAAAUGAAAACGGCAACCCAAAGGCGAAAGCUGAGAAAUUAAUUGCAAAUCGCCCUGAUAAAGAAGAAAGCGACAGUGUACUAAAGAACGAACCCGGUAUCGUCGAGUCAGAUCCAAUUCAAAAUGUAAAUAUUCUGGCUGAACCUUUUGCGUCAAGUCCUGUACUUAGCGAAGACAAUGAAACGUCGGCUAUGAACACAGCAGAAGUAUCUAAGGAUGUUCCAUUGAUUAUCGUCUAUGAAGAUUCGGGCGUUGUUCUAGAAGAUUCGGCUAGAGCAAUGAAUAUGAAUUCUGAAAGUAACCUCAUGUCCAAACCUGAAAAGUCAAUCAUCAUCACAGAAGAGGAAGCUGUUUCGGAAACCAAUCCUGAGUCCCAAAAAAUGAUGGACAAACUUCGAAGAGUUGGAGAAGAUACUGCCCUAUUACAUAACCUCACUUCCGAAAUGAACACAUUGACUCCCCAGGGAGUUGAAACUAAAGAAUCCGUUGUAGAACCCUAUGAUUCAAAUUCAUUCGCCAAUGAGGAACCUUUUUCAGUUGGGAACAACGGAGUCGGGAGAGAACCUUUGUCUGACAAUGACGGCCGCCAAGUAAUCCAAAAUAACGUCACACAAAAUACGUCUGUCAGGGAAUGGAGGAAUUACGACUGGGAAAAGAAUGAACAAUCCAUAGCAGUACCGAUUCUCACUAUUAUUGAAGGAUUUUCUAAGCAGUUGAGACCUCACAACAGCGACGAAGAAACCGACACAGCCGAUAAUACCGGAAGUGAAUCAGACAAUUUCUGGUCUCCAUACAAUCGCAAUGAUCCUGAAGAUGACGACGGAUCACCGAAGAAUACAUUUUCUGUGUCCUUAUAUUCACGAGAUGCUCACGAAGACAACCCCCAAGCGUCAUUAUACAAACUUAACAACGGAAUGGAUACGAGGUACUUCGCCCACGGUCAUGACCCUUCUUACUAUGUUGGCAAUCCUGCUGGCUCAGCGUAUAUGAGACUUAGACGGGAAGAUACAUCGCAGUUGUGCGUUGUGCCCUGCUCGCCGGUAAACUACAUCGUGCAACCAUACCAUUAUGGGUACUAUGAUGCUGCAUCUGACCACAGUUAUGCGACCGGCGUGCAGUUACCCCAUCUACACUUACCUCAGUUGCAAUUACCUCCAGUAAAAUUCCCAGACUUACAUGACAUUUCAUCUCCACAUCCCAGCGUUUCAUUUGAUGGACAUGGAAGUCACGGCAGCUCAAGUGAAAAUGCGCAGGGUCAUAAUUACGUCGUGACAAGUAAUGCUCAUGCCGGUGCUUCUCAAGGAGGACAUCAUUAUGGGGGUGUUUCGUAUUCACAUGUUAAGGAUCCUUCAAGCCACAUGGCAUACAGUCUGGACACACCACUCAAGUACGUUCAGACGUCCAUGGUCCUCAAACCACCUCAUCCGUACAAAAAAAUAUUUCCCUCCAUGAACAAUGUUUAAAAACAGAACAUAAACCUCCAGAAAUCUAGUUAUUUCUAAACAGUAAUGCUCUCGAGGAACGAUAAGAUUGUAUAUAGGAAUAUUUAUUAUCAUCAUCAAGUGGACAUCAGACCCUUCAAUAAACGGAUCGUUACAUAGGUAAAAAAACAAAUUCCUUCAAGACAUCAGAAAAUGUUGUUGAUGUUUCAUGUUGUCACCACUGUAAUAUCUUAACUGUUUUUCGCAUUCAUCGUACUAAAUAUAAGUAGACUGUUUUCAAAAUGUAAAUCACACUCUUUAUAUGAAAAUGAUGUUGUUAUAUUCUGUAUUGUUAACAUCAGAAUGCUACAGAGGAAGAAAUUUCUUUUUGUAAUAAACUACCUACUUCAGCGAA